AUGGGUCACCAGCAGCUCUAAUGAAACCAUCCAAGAAAAUCAGGCCAGGGUUCUUGCUCUUGCUGCAUCUGCUCAAACCUGCACAGUCUGAUCCAAAAGUACAGCCUCAAUAUGUACCACCAGUGUUUCCAACAGUACACGAAGGAUAUAGGCUUCAUUAAGUUGGACUAA